AUGGAAUUUGUUUUGUUUUAUGUGAACGGACACGAAGAAAAAUCUAGUUUAGCUUUUGUUAUAGAUAGAACUAGUUCAAUGGAAAAAGAAAUAAAUCAAGUGAAGAUCACCACGGACAAAGUUUUUAAUAAUGUAAUUAAUUCAAAAACAAAUCAUAUAGAUAAUUUUGUUUUAGUCACUUUUGAUGAUCCUAAAGUGCAAGUAUGUACUGUCACCCGAAAUGCAGAAGAAUUCAAAAAUGCUCUAAACAAAAUUGAGCUGGUAACGGGAGGUUAUUGUCCUGAAGCUUCUAUGUCAGGCAUUCAACAAGCACUGGAGAUCACUCAUCCUAACUCAUUUAUAUAUGUAUUUACUGAUGCCUCUGCUAAUGAUUAUACAAAAAUGGAAGUUGUUAAAAGUCUCAGCCAGAAAAAGUCAACUCAGGUGAAUUUUCUUUUGACCGGACGCUGUAGAUUUCAAUCUUCGGAAAAAUAUUUUGUUGUUUACGAUAAGCUAGCAGAGGCGACAUCGGGACAUGUCUUUAAUAUUGAAAAAGAUGACGUUGCCAAGGUUAUAGACUUUGUCGCGAAUUCUUUAAAAUCUAAAAUUACUGUACUAAAGCGAAAAAAAUUUGUGGACAAAUUUGACCAAAAAGUUCAAUUCACAAUAGAUAGUAAAAUUUCGGAUAUUCAUGGUUUAACUAAAUCAAAAGAAAAAAUUACAAGAGUUACAAUAACCACAAUCGAACAUCCCAACCCGGAUAUAGUUAAAAUAGAAGAAACAAACCACGUUCCUCCACAAGUUUCGAUUCUAGGAGAUUCGCAUGUAAAGUUAGAAUUUGAUGACGUAAUAUCGAUAAAAUGUCAAGUUCGUGCAAACCCGAAGCCAAAUAUUACAUGGAUGGAUAAUGAUGGUAAUUUUUUUGAAUCUAAGGUUACGGAUUUGGACUCUCCCAAGUAUUUGAGUAUUUUAAAUAUAACAAAAGCUGAUAAGAAUACUACAUUGACUUGUAAGGCUAAAAAUGAGGAAGGUUACGACGAGAAAUCAGUGGUCUUAGAGGUAAAACAAAAUAUGUUUUUGAAUAUAUUCGAAUAUCCAAAAGAUAUUAAAAUAGAGUACAAGAAAAGUAAAGAACUAAAAUGUAAGAUCGAUGCCUAUCCACCUGCUCAAAUUUCUUGGUAUAGAAAUAAUAAAAAACUAAGUAACAAUGAAGAUUUAGAAAUAACACCGGAUAAUAUAACGUUGAGAAUAAAACAAAUGCAACCUUACUUAAAAGGGAAAUACUAUGUCGAAAUAUCUAAUAAGUUUAAAACAGAAAAAAUUUUAUUCAACGUCUUUAUUGUUGGUGCAGAACCUCCAAUAAUUAAUAAAACUAUUGCAACAUAUUUUCCUAUUAAGGGUUCAGAUCUAGAUAUAUAUUGCAGCAUUAUCAAGGGUAAACCAGAACCUGUCAUUUCAUGGUCGUAUAAAAAAAAUUAUUCUUCGACUGAAUUUGAAAAUCUAGAUACUGAACGUGAUAACGUUCUUCACUUGAAGCAAGUUGAAAUAGAACAUAGUGGAGUUUACAGGUGCAUAGCCAAAAAUGACUUAGCAUACGACAAAUUUGAAAUUGAAGUAGUUGUUGAAUAUGCUCCGGUUAUAACGAAGUCAAAUCCCAGAGUAAGCUUUAAAAUUGGGGAAAAGGCAACGUUACCUUGUGAAGUAAGUGCAACUCCAAGAGCUACUGUGCAUUGUUUUACAGUUUCAAUUAAUGAUAAAGGUGAUUAUUCAUGUCGGGCGCAAAAUAAAAUUGGUGUCACGAAGCGAACAAUAAAAGUGUUUCCUUUUAUGUCUCCAACAAUAGAUCCCCCUGAUUCAAGUAACAUAACUUUAAGAACAGGAGAACAAUUAAAGUUGACAUGUAAGGCCCAUGGUCUUCCGGAACCGAAGAUUAAAUGGUUAUAUAACAGUUUUGAUAAGGAAAUGAUGUCAGUAAAUAAAAGUGUUAAUAGUAUAUAUGAAAUCAAAGUGCAGUUAUAUGAUGCUGGAGAGUAUGUUUGUGUGGCCGGGAAUUCAGGAGGUCAGAGCCAAAUGUCAAUCUUUGUACAUAUUGCAGCUGCCCCGCAAUUUAAACCUAUGACCAACAUUUUGGAAGGCGUUGUAGGUGACUUGGUGUUAUACGUACCAUGUGACACACUUAAUGUUCCUGUACCAACUAUUAGUUGGGAGUACAAAACAAAUGACAGAACAAAAGGAAAGACUAUAAUAAGUGAAGGUAUGGGUGAAUAUAUUAUUAACAGUUCUAACACUCUGAUACUAAAGAAAAUUACCAAAAAUAGCGAAGGCCUAUAUAAGUGUAUCGCCAAAAAUGCUUAUGGUAGUGCUUCUCAUGAAUACGAAAUACAGAUAAGAGAUUUUCCAUAUCCACGUACAGAAGAUGUAAUGAAAACUACUACAUAUAUUGAGAGAAGUACUGGUACACUCAACUGUCCAGAUAUUAGUGUUUAUGGUGAACAUUAUACCCGCUGGUACAAGGAUGGACAUAUAAUCAAGAACUGUACAGAUACUCCUUGUACCUUAAAAUUAUUUAACAUGACAAAGGCUGACAGUGGUGUAUAUUCUUGUCGUGUCAGCAAAAUGAAUGGCUCAAACUCAACUCAUAUGAAAAUCAUUGUAGGUAUUAAGCCAUAUUUCAGAGUUAAAGUAAAAAAAUAUAUACCUUUUGAAGAAAACGGCGAUGUGUCUUUAGAUUGUAACGCUUAUGGAGAACCUGUUCCUACGAUAAUAUGGUUUAAGGCUUCAAAAAAGAUAUUAGAAAAAAACACCCAUUUUAACUUUAAAAUGACUUCUGAUUGUAUUGGAAAAUAUGAAUGCAUUGUAAGCAACAUUUUCGGCUCUAUUAACCGCAUCUUUGAAAUCCAAAGUGAUCUCGUAUGUCAAAUGAAUAUGACGUUUAAUAGAAAUAUGCCACUCUUUCUGGAACCUAAUUCUUCAUGGAUAUUGACUGAUAAAAAAACAAUAAAUACUGAAAUUAAAAUAGAUUGUUUAAAUGAAUAUAUAUCCGAUGGUGAAAGAAAAUUCAUUUCUCCACUAUGGGCGAAAUGCAUUGGAAAGACCAUAUUUAAAACAGAUUUUGGAAACAUCGACAUAUCAAAACUGAAAUGCGACCGUCCUAUCAAUAUAAAAAUACAAGGUACCAAUGAACGCUGUAUUAAGGGUAAUUCUGAACUAGUACAAGUUGGAUUUGAAGUGAAAACAUCUUUUAUAAGCGUAUAUGAUGUUUGUAUUGAUAAAAUCAAAAAUUAUCCAUGUUUUAUAAAAUAUGCUUUGAAUGAAAACAUGGCAAAUAGUAUACCAACAGAAUUAGUACACUACGUUAAAUCUCCAUAUAUGCCAUUUAUAUUUGAGGAUCUAUACGAUUGUAGUAACCAACUGAAAUCUAUUUAUGCUAAAACUGGCGUAAAUUUAAGUGAAGGUAAUAAGUGCUGUUUUACCAGAAAGCAGCUUGUGAGUCCAAAGGACAUGUUGCCAGGAAUAGCUCAAAUAGCAACUUAUACUUACGUGAAUGUUAUUCCUCAAUGGAGCACUUGUGGAACGGAGAACUGGGACGAAGUAGAACGACGUAUAAGAUUUCUUGCUGCGUCGAGGAGCACUUUAUUGGAAGUGUGGACAGGAACUUCGGAAUCAAUAAAACUUCCUAAUCAAAAAAUCGAUACAUUUGUUACAAUAAAUGAUAGAUAUGAUCGUAUACAAAGAGUUCCACGUUUUAUAUGGAAGUUAGUGAUAUAUAGACAAAACCCACGAGAACGAGGGAAUGAAGAAGGACUCGCAAUUGUUGUAAUGAAUACUCCAAACCUAGAAGUUACAGAAGCUCUAAAGCAAAUUCCUUGCAAAAGGGAUAUUUGCAACAAAACAAAGUGGAUGUAUGGCUCUCAAUGGCAUGAUCCUUCAAAGGGUUUCGUGUUUUGCUGCAAUGUUAAGGAAUUUAUGACAGCAUUUCAUUAUGACAAUCUCUUUCCAUUCAUGAAACCUUUAAAG